AUGAUAGUGGCGGGUUUUACUGAGCCGAAGAAGGAUCAUGGUUACGAACUGAUUGAAAAGUUGGAAGCUGGUGUGCAAAAUAUGCUACAGAUUGUCGAAGAUCGGAAGAGAGAUACGGUUGCUCCUAAACAGAAAGAGAUUCUACUAUAUCUGAGAUCUUCCUGUCAUGUGGCGCUCUGCAGAAUAGAAGAGGACAUGGUCGAUGGCUUCCCUUAUGAAGUCCCUGCAGAGUUUAUAAACAUGCAUCUUCUCAAGGGAAGAGCCACUGUGUACAUGAAUGUCAAGAUCAAGGACAACCCCAACCUUGAGGAUUGUGUUUUCCGCAGUGUCCUCAAUGGCUAUAACGCCCCUGUUACCGCCGGGAACUUUGUGGACUUGGUGGAGCGCCAUUUCUACGAUUGCAUGGAGAUCCAGAGAUUUGAUGGGUUUGUGGUUCAAACGGGGGACCCAGAGGUCCUGCGGACCUGCGGAAGGAUUUAUAGAUCCAACCACAGAGAAAGUGAGGCGGUUCCUCUUGAGAUUAUGGUGACUGGGAAGGAAACACCAUUUUACAGCUCAACCCUUGAAGUAAAAGUUCACACCCUUGACAAAAAAUUGGGUCUGUACAAGUCUCGGGUUAUGCUUUCAUUCAAGGCAUUUGGGACAAUGGCAAUGGCUAGAGAAGAGUUUGAAAAUGACCAGGAUCGAGCCAAGUGUUUUUGCUGCUGA